UCCUCCUGCAACCGCUGCAGCACGCCCCGAACCAUCCCGUUCGCUUUCGCUGCACUGCAUCGCUAGGAUUGCCACUGCCAAGGCAACGUCUCUCUCUCGUCACACACCACCGCAACGCCGCAAUUUACCUCUCAGUGUUCACCGCGAUCAAGUUCACUCCACCACCAUUUAAGCAGCGGCCGCCCCCCUGCGCUCUGUCGCAAGUCACGAGUCGCCGCGCCAAGCCAAACGGCGCCAGUCCCGGCUUCCGGCGACGAGUGAGGCCGUGUCGUGUGACACCGCGAGCAGAGCAGAGCAGAGCGAGAUACUGGUAGCCAGAAGCCACCCACACCAUGUCGUCGGCAGGCGGUUGGGACCGGCGUGGCGGCGGCGCCAGGCUGGGGCUGCCGCGGCAGCAGCCGCCGGUGGCGGUGGACGUCGGGUGCGACUGCCGCGGGGCGAGGCUGCUGGGCUCCCUCGUCUCCGCGCUCAAGUCAUUCCACGCCCGCGGCGGCCGCAAGGCCAAGCCGUCUCCGCACGCGGCGUGGUCGUGGUCGUCGUCGGGCGCCACCGCCACGACGACGACGGCCUUCGCGCCCUCCGUCUCCGCCACCACGGCCACCUCGGCCUCCUCCGCCGCCGACCUCCUCCACUCGUGGGGCCCCGCGACGUACCCCGUAAACGCCAGCGCCGCCCUCUACGACGACGACGGCGACGGGGCUCACGACGCCGAGCGCGCGAGGCGCCAGAGGCGGCGGAGGAGGAGGAGGAGGAGGAGCAGCAGGCGCAGGAGGGGCGAGGAGAGGGAGAUGGCGCCGGCGCAGGCGGUGGAGGUGGAGUCGGCGGCGCCGUACGAGGACUUCCGCGAGUCGAUGGUGGCGAUGGUGACGGAGAAGGAGAUGUACGCGUGGGAGGACCUGAACGGGCUGCUGCACCAGUUCCUGGCGCUCAACUCGCCGCGCCACCACCCGCUCAUCCUCACCGCCUUCGCCGACCUCUGGGCGCCCCGCGGCGGCCUCUUCUGCCCCCCGUCCCCGUGCCUCCUCUGAGCCCAGGCUGCCGCCUCGCUCCCUCACCGUCGAUCGCCCUCGCCGCCACUAAUAAUGUAACGCUGACGCAUACGUGCUCCGAAGCCCAAGCUAAAACUAGCAAGCUCCGUGAGAUGCCAGUGUCCUAAUUCUAAGCUACUAAGCAUUGAAAAAAAAAACUAGGCUGCUACUACUACUAUCAGCAUCGCAGUAAUGCGCGCGCGCUUGUGGAGAGCAAGCGUGCAAGUGGUGUGACAAUGGCCCGAAGUUGUUCUUGCAAUUUGUAAUUUCUAAUCUUUUCUUCUCCCCCCCUUGAAAUACAAGGUA